GAUGACAGCGAGCAAGUGAAAAGUAAGUAGAAACGGAUCCGCCGACUGGUCGCCGCUGGGAACGAGGAAUGGAAUUCGCCUCAUAAAUAGAUAUGCGCGCCUCCUCCCGCAGCUGGAUCUUCGCCCCCCUUACCCACACGCGUCAACAAGUAUGGUUUCCAUCUCGUCGCCGCGGAUGGAAGGUCGCGAAUGUUUAAUCUUUUUGGAGAACAGCUGGCCCCCGCAUUUUAUUUCCACGGAAUGCGUACACAAAUGCGCUUCGAACUUCAAAGAGGAUCGAUCGGUCCUCGAGACGAGGUGGUGGUCUCGACGAGGAUCUCCGGCCGAACGGGAUCGAUUUAUUGCUCGGUUGCUUCCAACAACAACACCGGUCAUAUUCGCCGUAAAUUUUCCUUACGAAAACGCACGAAAAUGCGGAUCGACGAAACGAUACCGACUCUCGUUGUCUUAACACGAGUUUCGACGCUGCUCAGGAGAGCCUUCUCCAUGUUCGACUCGACCAAGUCGGGCCGGAUCGAGAAGGAGAAAGUGAGGACGAUCCUCAACACCCUGGGGCAUACGUUCGACGAUCACGAGCUCGAGGUGUUGCUCAAACAGGAGGACGAAGAAGGAAGCGGCAAAUUAAAUUUCGACUCGUUCUAUCGGGUUGCCUGCCACUUCCAAGAGGAGGACGACGAGGCCCUGCAGAAGGAGUUGAAGGAGGCUUUCAGGCUUUACGACAAGGAGGGGAACGGGUACAUUCCAACCAGCUCUCUCAGGGAGAUCCUCGCUGCUCUCGACGACCAGAUAACGCCCGAUCAAAUGGACGGAAUGAUCGCUGAAAUUGAUACAGACGGAUCUGGAACCGUCGACUUUGACGAAUUCAUGGAGAUGAUGACCGGCGAUUAAAAACGAUCGACCACGGGGGAUUCCAAGGGAUGGCUGCACACUUUCUUCUCCCUAUUAUUCUUAUCGAACGGAUGGAAGGGUGGCUCUCUUUCGAAAUUCCAUUCGGGAGAAAACCGAGCGCGCAAUUGUUCAUUUGGAUCGGGAACGAAGGAUAAGAAGGAUCGGACCCGAUUGUUUCUCUCACGCGUUCGAUUGUAAUCGAAAUCAUUACAUUCUGGAUCAUUAAACUCUGCUAAAUCGUAAAGAAGGGAAAA